AGCCGAGCGCCACUCUCUCCAUCAUUCACGCCGACAACUCAUCCAGCACUCAUCAGCCCCGCCCAACCCUCAACAACAGAUAUGCCCCGAGGAUUACUACCCUAUCCCAAUCUGCCGAGCAUACGGCCCGGCGACGUUGGCACCGCAAUCGAUGUCAUCCACCAGCUGAGCAAGAACGUGCGGAACAAGCCUGCGUGAGUAGCUGUUUUCGCUUAGGGCGCUGACAUCAGCUAUGACUUUGCCGUUCUCAAGAUGUACGUUGAUACGAAGCUUGCCCGUGGCAAGUCACGGGGGUACGUCGUUGGCAAGCUCGAUCGGCUGGAGGUGUUUGCCCCUCCAGUGUGUGGCGGGGCGUUCGUCCUCGUCCGCGACUUUUACGGAUAUCCCGCCUCAAAGUACUUCACCGCGCCCGCGAUCAGUGUGACCUUCGAUGAGGCACCACCCGCGUACGUGCCAUACGAGGCACCGCCCGUCCUCGAAGUGGCCCCGCCGGUGCCUCCUCCUGCGACGACUCUGUCUGCGGCACCAGAAUCGCCUCGCUCUCUGAUUGAGACCGAGGCGUCUCCGCCCGUACCCCCUCCUUCGGCCGCGGUGCUCAUCGCUCCUGCAUCGCCGCCCAUCGCGGCCGCGGCCCCCGCUCCGGCGUCACCCCAGGGCCCCGGAACUGCCGCUGCUGUGUCCGCCGCGCCAGCAUUUUCAGCUCCCUCAACCGCCUCGAGCUCGCACACCCGCUCCGCAUCCCACCGCCUUUCCAAUGCGCUGUCAGCUCUCAAGCUCUCUUGUCCCGCAAUGGCAGCGUCAACGUCUCCCAUCGACCGCUCCAGCACGUCCUCGCCGGCGCCUAUCGUCGUGAACGGGGAACACGCCCUAGAGAUGUUGCGCGAUUUUGACACGGUAUUCGUCGUCGACGACUCGUCCUCGAUGCGCAUGGACGGGCGCUGGGAGCAGGCGUGUGCGGCGGUACGCGGAGUCGUCCACCAAGCAUGCAAAUACGACGAUGACGGCGUCGACGUCUACUUUUUAAAUGCGAAGCGGGACCGCGAAGGUGUCCGUCGGCCUGCCGACGUCGACAGGCUGUUCCAGGGCCUGCGGCCGACAGGGAUGACGCCGACCGGGCGCACGCUCGAGAAGAUUCUCCGCGAUUACAUGCGCCGCUUAGAGGCUGCGACCGCGGAGGAACGCGACGAUGCUGUCAAGCCACUCAACGUUAUCGUAAUUACGGACGGCGCGCCCACCGACGACCCCGAGAGCGUCAUUGUUAGCAUUGCCAAGCGCCUCGACAGAGGCGACUACCCCCUGUCCCAGGUUGGCAUCCAGUUCUUCCAGGUCGGCGACGAUCCCGAGGCCACGGCCGCGCUACAGGAGCUCGACGACGAGCUUAGCGCAACACAUGAUAUUCGCGACAUGGUCGAUACUGUGCCGUACGCUGGCGAAUUGACGCCUGAGACGAUUGUCAAAGUCCUCCUUGGGGGUGUGAACAGGCGCCUGGACCGCAGGGGGCGGGUUUAGUGUAUUGUACGAGGACAUCGAUUGUAUAAGUAUCAGUACCCAGUCAAGUGUAAUGUA